AGUUGAGAAGCGGGAUAUCCAACUAACCGUCGAAACUCGAAACCCAACUACCAGUCUCAAGAAGAAUGAGGAGCAUGGGAGGACUGCUUGGUGUAGCUCACUGUAUCUCAACCUCCAUCCUUGGUUCUUCUACAAUAACUGCUACUCUGCAUCGAACUCUUCGAGGAUGGACGGGCAAGAAUGUUAUGUCCCUAUCCCUUCUUCUUCUCCUUCUACUUCUACUUCAUUCCAUGGGGAUCCUCAAGAAUCUGCUUCCUUGUCAUCGUCCUCGUCUUUGCCGCCUUCGUCUUCUUUGCAGGUUCAAGAAGAAGACCAUCAGACCCAUCAAGAGCAAGACCAGCAGCGGCAGACUAGAGUCACUUAUCGUGUCAACAUUUCAAUAUCCGAUGUGGCCUCGACCCAGAUGAGGGAUGAUGCCUGGUCUUGCCUCAUCGUGCUUGUUACCUUUUGGUUCUUCGCAGCAUCCAUGACUCUGAUACUUGGAUUUUAUGGAUCCGUUAAUUUACAAUUGGGCCCGAAUUACUCCCGUCUAUUGCAAGCCAAUUCGAUCUUUGUGCAGGAUAUCAAGGUGCAAGAAUUAGGAGAACCAAAGCUUGGGCCUAUCCUAUAUGGGUUUACAAAAAAACCUCCUCUUGAUGUUGAGAUGACUUGGUUUGAAAUCCAUAACGCUUCUAUUCCAGCUAAUUCCCACAAGGAGUGGAUAUAUUUCCUGAAUGAAGGAUCUCAACUGGAUAUUGUUUACAGUGUCAAAUCUCAGAGCUCCUCCCCUUUAUCCCUUAUAAUUGCAAAAGGUAAAGAAAGCUUGGUUGAAUGGAUUGAAGAGCCAUCAUAUCCCAAUACUACCUUGUCAUGGAAUAUCAUUUAUGGAAAAGGAAUGAUCAAACAGAAAAUUUUCAAGUCAUAUGAUUACUACAUUGCAGUGGGUAACCUGAAUUCAGAGGAGGUGGAGGUACAUUUGAACAUUACUAUACGAGCUCUCGUGUAUAAUACAACAGAGGCAUAUUACAAGUGUUCUCUUUCUCGCAGUUUAUGUAGUUUGAAGCUUUUCCUUUUUAGGGCCAAUGUUGCUGUCCUCACCUCUCCUGGUGCAGAACAGGAUACAGACACUGAUGACUUGUACGUCAAGCUGUUAUAUGGACCACGAUGGGUCACAUAUUUUGUCGGCUCAGGUGGAAUGACUUUGAUAAUCUUAGUGGCCUUAAAAGUCUGCAACCAUUUCCAAUCCACCACUGGAGAUGGGACUGGGCUUCAGACAGUACAGGUGGAUUCUGAGAGAGCACCAUUGCUCACAAACAAAGAUGAUGAUCUCUUGAGUUGGGGUUCAUCUUAUGAUUCAGUCUCUCAUGAUGAGGAUGACCUUGAAGAAUGGAUUGGAGUGGGUUCCUCUGGGGAAAACAAUAAUAAUCCCCGGCGUCUAUGUGCAAUAUGCUUUGAUGCACCAAGGGACUGCUUCUUCCUUCCAUGUGGACACUGUGCAGCAUGUUUCACAUGUGGAACAAGGAUUGCAGAGGAAGUGGGUACUUGUCCCAUUUGUCGUAGGAGAAUGAAGAAGGUGAGGAAGAUAUUCACGGUUUGAAUAGGAGUAUGCUUCAUUGGCAAAGUGCAGCAUGUAGAACAGUUGCAGUCUGUUGGUCAUCGGAGAAAGGCCAUCUGCUGUUUUGUGGAUGGACUCAGAUGCUUACACUUUGAAGACAAUGUAAUCAGUAACUGGCUUAUGAUAGAAUGUGUAUAAUAGAUGCAUUUUUCUCCCUUGUGAUUAAGAGUUGGCAUUGUAACGAAACAGGAGUGUGGAAUGGCGACCCAAUUUUUUUAGGUUGGUUUUCCACCAUGUAUUACCAUGAAUACAUUGAAGAGUUUACUUAAA